ACACGGAAUUUUGAGCUCUUCCGAAACCUAAUCUCUGAAUCUCCCUCUCCCUCUUUCCAAAUUUUUUUUUCGAUUAUCUCUCUGUUAAGAGAAAAUCAAAAUCAAUGCGGUAGAGGGAUUGGCGCAUUCACAGAACUGCAGCGUCUGAAGUUCUGACCGGAAAUCAUUCCUCCCGAAAUGACAGCAAGCGUGAAAGGCUUUUUUAAAGGCCUUCGCUACAUUACUCAAAUCUUCGACGAAGAUAAAGACCAUGAUAUGCAGAUCGGGUUUCCCACCGAUGUAAAGCAUGUAGCCCACAUCGGAUCCGACGGUCCCGCAGCUAAUUUGCCAAGCUGGAUGAGUGACUUCAAACCUCAAGAAAAUGAGAACGGUCAAGUAGUUACGAGAGGAGAUGCCAACGACACUCCAAUAGGAGAAGGAGUUGGAUUACAAGAGUUGCUUCCUCCUCCGGAGAAACCGAAGCAGAAGAAGAAGACGAGGCGUAAAUCCGAGACAGCCUCGCAAAACGGUUCUCCGCCUAGGCGAAGCAGCAACGUGUCGUCAUCGGAUUUGCUACCAAAACAGUCAAGACGUCACCACAGGAGUAGGCACGGGUCGAUAGAUUCAUCGAAUGAUCCAUCAGUGAGGAGGAGGCGUGUUCUCUCGGUAAACGACAUGGAAGGCCCUCUUUCAGACAGUUCUGCUCCACAAAGAAAGUCUACAUCUCGCCACAGGAAGGUCAAAGGAUCAGGAGGAGGAGAGCAAUCCAUGAAGAAGACACACUAA